CCUGGAACUAAUUCUGAGUCUUUGAGCCUUUAAGUAUGCCUCACUCUCAGGAAUCUUUCUCGAACCUUGCGUUAAGUGACGAAGAAACACACUUGGGAAAUAUGCGGGCAUCUAAGAAACUGCCAUUUAAGAGCCCAACUCACCUUGCUCAGCAGCAGGAACCCUGGAAUCGGCUCAGCUCAACUCCCACGGUUACCUCCAUGAGGCGCGAUGCCUACUUUUUUGAUCCGAAGAUACCAAAGGAUGAUCUGGAUUUCCGCUUAGCAGCCUUGUAUGACCACCACACUGGGGCAUUCAAGAACAAAACUGAGAUACUGUUACACCAGGAGACCGUCCAGGAUAUCAGUGGACGCAAGAUCCAGUUUCCUGGAGAAGGUUUCCACUCUCCUCCAGCUCCCAUCACUUCCCGAGCUAACAUCAGACACUGGAUCAACCCUAAGAAAGAAUCCAUCCACAGCAUCCAGGGAUCCAUAGUUUCUCCUCACACUGCAGCCACCAACGGAGGUUACUCCCGGAAAAACGAUGGUGGCUUCUUCUCCACCUAG